AUCUUUAACUUAACUAACAUAUUUUUUUUUGUUUCAGACUUGCUUAGUUACAUACCAAUUUGUUGAUGUGUAGCAAGGACACCAUUGGGAUAGCUCGAUCGCCACACUUGUACAAGAUGAGUUUGAUAUCGUCUGUAUAAAUCAGAUGAAAUGUAUGGUGUGUCAAGCAAAGAGGAAAGGCAUACGACCACCUUGGAUUGGAGAUACACUAUGGAAAUCUAUGUUGAUAGACCAUGGAUUUGACCAACUUUUACCCAUGGUUUAUAAGUUUUUUAACUACUAAUUAUUAUAUUAUAAAGUCUAUUUAAUAUAUUUAUAGGAUCAUGAGUAAUUAGGAGGAAAGUGAUGAUUUUGGAGCAUUUUGGAGAUAUUUGGAGUAAGCACCCGAGAUGACCAUCAAGCUCGACCAUCGGUCGACAUUAAAGAGGAAUAAUCGAUCGAUGUUCACAUCUUGACAUCGAUCGACAGCGAAGUGCGCAUAAAGCCCGUUUGGUCUCAGCCGACUGAGCCCAAGUCUUCACCAAUUUACAAUAUUACCCCUGGCGAGUUUUAACCUAAUUAUAUAAGAUUUGCCAACAUAUUAGAGGCAAAGUGUGGUUUUUUGUUUUAUUGAUUUUACAGCAAAGGUUUUCUAGGAUUUUUAGUAGAUUGGAGCGAAGAUCCAAAGAGAUUUAUGAUUGGAACUCCAUUGAUAUAUAUAUAUAUAUAUAUAUAUAUAUUUAUCUAUGCAGUUUUCAUACCUUAUUGCUGUUAUGAAUUGCUUGGCCAUGUCUGAGUAGUUCUCUUGUUAGAUAAUUUUAGGGUUUAAAUAGGUUAUGAGGGAUUAGCCCCAACUAUAGAUUGCUACGUUGUGAUAUUCAUCAUUAGGAUUGUCAUUAAUGCAUGUUUCUAGAUUAGCUUCCUAGAACUUGACCUAGGAGUUGUAGACAUAAGCGAUAGCUUGCAUCUCACCCUGAAUCCAUCCUAAAUGAGCUAAGAUUGCUAGAAUAGGCGAGAGCUGAUCUAGGAAGCUUAGUGAGCAUAUUCAACCCAUGCAUUAACGCUUGACCAAGAGCGUCAAUCAAUAUUCCUAUCGAAUAAUCGAUUGACGUUUCAACAAGUGUAUCGAUCGAUAUUCCUAUAGAAUAAUCGAUCAACACUGGUCAGUAGACAAACCUGGAAAGCGAAAGCCUAAGGGUUUGUUAUUAAGUAUUGAGCUCUAUAAUAUCAUGCAUACAACUUAUUAGGCAUCUAUAGGAUUAUAAACCUGAAUUCCUAUAUAAAAAUCCUAAGUCUAGCUAUUUCCAUUUAAGUACCAAAACCCCAAUCAAUCAAUCGAGCAAUUACUUACUCACAAACCUGCAACUUUACAUUUAAAAACAUUAAGCAACCUAGCUUAAUAAAUAUGAUUAUAUUUAUUAGGUUUCCUAGCUCCUUGAGGAUUUGAUCCCUAAGUACUACAAUUGAACCUCUUAUUUGAGACAGUAAUUCACUCUUUAGGGUAAUCUGAGUGAUACCAAAUUUGAUGCCAUUACCGGGGAGCUUUGAUCGCCUUAUAGAUUUAGGCUUGUUUAGUCUAGGUUUCUUUUUAAACCCACUUUCUGAACAAUUUUUUUUCUUGUUUUUUCAGGUACAUGCCCAGCAGUACCAGAAGCAACAAGGAAACUUAACUGCUAUUCUCAUCAGAUCCUGCAAACUUAGAGUGUUCAAUCCGCAAAGAAAUAUGUUCCUUGUCGAUCGACAACAACACUUGUUCGUCGCUCAAUUUUUGUCAGCCACCGUCGACCCAGACACUAGUCUCGUCGACCGACACUCGCUCACCACCAUCGACCGAAAAUACUCUUCUUCCGUCGACCGACAUCUUCCAUCUGACGUCGAUCGAUACUUCUGUCCGAACAUCGAUCGAUACUGAACCGCGAGACAUGGUUGCGACCUUGAUACUUGUACAUGAUGAGAGGGGAGACUUGCAUGACCAGGAAGGUCAUCUGCGUAAUGCAACAUGUCAAAGGAUAGAAGCUCAGGGGCUGCAAUCCCUGAGUCUGAUACUGAUACUACAUGUACUACUCUAACUGUAGAUGAGGCUGCUCGACCCAUAACGUUGGCUGAUAACAACCAUCCAGAUCAGUUUUACACCAACAGAUCAACCAUUCCUCCUCCAACUAUUCUGAGGGGGAAUUUUAAGUUGAAGUCGCAGUACUACACACUCGUGGGACAUACACCCUACUAUGGGUUAUCUCACGAGAAUCCUAUGGACCAUCUGGAGAGGUUCAAGGAUCUUAUAUCUGCUAUUAAAGUCAAGGGAGUCCUGAAAACUACCUCCUAUGCAAGCUCUUCAAGUACUCACUUGUUGGAGAUGCUUCACAUUGGCUUAAGCAGUUACCACCCGGAUCUCUCACAUCCUGGAGCGACAUCAAGAAUGCAUUCCUAUGCAACUUCUUUGAUGAGACCUGUGCUGAAGACUUGAGGAGCAAGAUCGCUACAUUCACUCAGGAGCCUGCAAAAUCAUUCAGAAGCUCCUCGAUCAGAUUCAAGUCUUAUCAGAGAGACUUUCCACACCAUGGAUUCAAUGAAGUAUAACUGCUCAGUACUUUCUACAGAGGCAUCGCGGUGCAGUAUCAGAUGGCUCUUGAUGCUUCCAGUAAUGGGAACUUCAACACCAGGAAUCCAGAGGAGGCUGUGAAAGUUAUUGAGAACUUAGCAUCCAACAACAUCACCAAGAACACUGAUUUUGAGAGGAAGAGAUAUGCAGCCUUUUUUGGGAAUGACCAGAUGGAUGAAGUGAAGAAAAACUGGACUGUGUUCACAAGCUUCUCAGGAAACAGGUCUGCUUAGUUGAGGAUGCAGAAGCUGUAGACACAGAGGGUAGAGCAGAGGUAGAAGAAAAUGUGAACUUCAUUGGUGGAACUAGAUUCCAAGGUUCUAGAAACCAUAACGGAAACAGAUAUUCCUAUGGAAGGGUAAUUUCAACCAGAGUUCGUAGCAACAGAAACCCUACAGCAACAACUACAGCAACAACAACAUGGGUUAUCGAAACUCCUACUACCAUAAGCCACCACCACCUACUCAAGAGAGUAAGAUUGAAGAGAUGAUUGACCGGGUUAUUGAGGAACAGCAGCGCAUGACGGUGGACUUCAAUGGAAAGAUUGAGUUUGUCUACACUAACCUGAACACAAAGUUUGAGACUUUGAGCACCCAUGUGAAGAAGAUGGAGAUGUAGGUUGUUCAGACAGGAGAAGCUGUUAAGAGGUAAGAAGCCUUAACAAGAGAGGUAGGAGAUGAUAUGACGAAGCACCACGUAAACGCCAUCAUAGAUGAUGAUUUUGAGAGGAAGACAUCUGCAGCCAUUCGUGGGAAUGACCAGAUGGAUGAAGUGAAGGGAAAACUGGACAGUGUUCACAAGCUUCUCAGGAAGCAGAUCUGCUUAGUUGAGGAUGCAGAGGCUGUAGACACAGAGGGUAGAGCAGAGGUAGAAGAAGAUGUGAACUUCAUUGGUCGAACUAGAUUCCAAGGUUCUAGAAACCAGAGUGGAAACAGAUAUUCCUAUGAAAAUAGGGAUAAUUUCAACCAGAGUUCGCACCAACAGAAACCCUACAACAAAAACUACAGCAGCAACAAUAUGGGUAAUCGAAACUCCUACUACCAGAAGCCACCACCACCUACUCAAGAGAGCAAGAUUGAAGAGAUGCUUGAUCGGGUUCUUGAGGGACAGGAGCGCAUGUUGGUGGACUUCAAUGGGAAGAUUGACUCUGUCUACACCAACCUGAACAAAAAGUUUGAGACUUUGAGCACCCAUGUGAAGAAGAUGGAGAUGCUGGUUGUUUAGACAUGAGAAGCUGUUAAGAGGCAAGAAGCCUUAACAAGAGGGGUAGGGAAUGAUAUGACGAAGCACCACGUAAACGCUAUCAUAGAUGAUGAUUUCUGGCAAGUGGUAAAGCAGGAGAAGCUGCAAGAAGGAGACUUUGAAAUAGAAAGCUCGAUGAGCUUCGGCGGAUCGCGUUGGUGUCGAUCGACGCUGGACUUCAAACAUUGAUCAACAUACUUCAAUCAAAACCGAUCGACAGGCUCACCAGAGCAUCGAUCAAUGACACCUACGGAGUCAACCGCAUCUUGCAAUGCCAUGAGGAUCCUGACUCACGAGGAGUUCGCAGCAAGACACCCACAUCCGCCCAACCCUGUUUAUGUCAAAAUCAAUCGACAUUCUAAUACUGCCGUCGUUCGACAUAAAGAGAACGCCAUCAAUCGACAGCCUCCAGCACCUAUUGAUCGACGUGCACCUCUUACAUACCGAGUGCAAAUGCCACAUAUAGACAUCACACGUCUCAAUGCACUCAUGCCACAACCCAAACCUUCAUAUAACUCACCAGAUGCCAUCAAGACACCUUCAGAUGAUGCAGCAGAUCCUAUGGAAAUUGAUAGGGUUCCUAUGGGAAGAACCCUGAGGAAAAGAAAGGAAAAAAGUGGUGAAACAUCUGAAGAGGAAAGCUAAUGAAAUGGAAAGGAAAAGUUUCCAAAAGAAAGUCUUCAGGAUUUCUUCUAGAAAAGCCAUUCGAGGAGGUUUAUUUUACCCACAGAUUGUGGAUGUUCUUCAGAGAAACCAGAGAGACCGAAGAUGAAUAUUCUGUGAAGCUAGAGAAAAGAUGAAGAAGAGGAUUACACUGAAGAAGAAGAGUGAUCCUGGGCAAUUUGCAAUACCAUGCACAGGGAAGGGUAUUGAGUUCUCACAUGCCAUGUGCGACACAUGAGCAUCAGUCAGCAUCCUAUGUAGGGUUAUGGCAGGCCAUCUGGAUCUGCAGGUGGAGCCUUCCAAAGAAUCAUUCACUUUUGUGGAUUGUUCUCUGAGGAACUCAUGAGGAAUUGUGAGAGACCUUGAGGUGCAGAUUGGUAAUGCCCUAGUUCCAGUUGAUUUCCAUGUCUUGGAUAUCAAGCUAAACUGAAACUCUUCUCUAUUACUUGGGAGAACUUUCAUGUCGACAGUAGGAGCAGUGUGCAACUUGCAAAACAACCAGUUGUGCCUGACACUCAUAAAUCCUCAUGUCCACUCCAAUCCUAUUCCAGUCAAGAAGCCACAUACGUCCUCUAGAAGAAUUGAGGAUCCAUAACUCAUCGCAGCAUGCGACUGUGGAGCUGAGUAGGAGACAGAAUACUCGGCGUCUAUCAAAACUCACACAGCCACAUCGAUCGAAAGUGCCCACCAGAAAUCGAACGACAUUUCCAAAGAAGAAUCGGUCGACAGUAGUCCACACGAAUGGGAGAACGACUACUACAACCCCACUAUGGCAGCACACACCAGACACACCAUGCAUACGGAGGAGUAUGAUGAAGAUUAUGAAAAGAAACGAGCUAUAGAGUACAAAGCCGUUCUUGAUGAGGAAGAUAGACUUCUCCACCAUUCCUCUUGGAAAAAGAAUGCGCCAUCGAUCGAAAAAACAGUCUCAACAUCGAUCGACAGUCAUCCUCAUCAGACAAACUGAAAACGAGCAUCGACCGACAUUGCCUACUACCCAUCGAUCGACACUGUAGUAGACCUUGUACGAGAAGUAGACUACUCAUUUGGAAGUUGAGCAAGAUGACCACCAUCAUGAAAGCUAUGCAGUGGAAACGGCGAUUCAUGAGCCAGGAGCAGAUGAACUACAUGAGGGUUUCACAUGCGAGGAACUUCUCAACAUGCAAAGACGUGAUGAAGCAGAUCAACAACAAGCUGAAGCCUGUGGGAAAGGAACUCGCUUCAGUCGAAUAACUGAAGUAGACAGACGUGCAUCGAUCGACAGGGAAAUACAAGAAUCGAUCGACAGAGCCAACCGCCCGUCGAUCGAUGACAAACCUCCAUCAUCGAUCGACAUCUGUCCGAAACUACCAUCCACUGUAAGCAAAAACCCUAAUUAUGAUAACCAGUAUCUAACACAUGAUGCAUUUGGUAUUUUCAGGGAUCCAGAUGGCUACGAAAGAGCAAUUGAUGGACAUGCACUGCAAGUAUCCAGAGAGGACAUUGCAAACAUUCUUCAGAUGUCUAAUGAAGCAGAUAAUCUCUUCAUGCAACAACGCACCAUUCCAGCACAUCAACAGAGGGUUACAAAAGAGUUCUAUGACACAGCUGGUGGCAUUGACAAUCUCUUCAAGCAGAAGUAUAGUCAUCCUACUCGACUGUCGAUCGACGUUGACUUCCCUCCAUCGAUCGACAGACGUCUAGAAUUUGGCAGAAGAGCCUUUGCCUUUUUGGAACUAGGAAAUUCUACUGGGAAGAGAAGGAUGAGUAUGGAGUCUACAAAGACGAUCAGGGAUGUGCAAGAGAUGUGGAUGGACAAAUCAUCAAUGUGUCCAAGGAUGCUAUCAGAAAGCUAAUGGAAAGAGCUUCGAGAGAUGAGCACAACUACAUAUGUCUUCCAGAACAUGCUAGCUCAUUCACAUAGACCAAGCUUGUACCAAAGAUCUACACUAAGGACGAAAUCAAUGAGAUAUUCUAUGGAGUCUGUGGAGCCCAAGAAAAGAAUGAAGGUGAUUUCCAGAUGAAGCUUGGUGGUGUCUACUAUUCACUGAAUGAUAGCAUCAGUUGGUUGACUACAUGCAUGGAGGAGAUGAGGCAAGACAUAGCUAAAAUUCAGCAUGCAGCCGACAAAUAUCGACCAGCAUCGAUCAAAAGACACCACUCCACAUCGAUCGACGACCCAAAGAACUCACAUUCGAUGAAUUCUCAACCAAAUUUUCAUACCAGAGUAGAGAUUGAUCAGUUGGUAGAAGAGAUCUACAGAACUCUGUAAACUACAGAAGAGAUACUUAAUAGAAGAUGUGAUGACUUAUAUUUCCCAAUGGACCUUACAAUGAGUGCUUUGACUUCUCAAAUAGAAGCAAUACAAAGGGAAUUAGUGGAGAUUCAGAGUUACAUUGCCCGUCGACCAGAAGCAUCAGCAUCGAUCGAUAGACGCAACAACAUAUCGACCGACCUUCAUAGACAUAAAUCGGUCGACGAAGCUACAAACUGAGGCAGGCUAGUACCAAAGGUGACAUCAGACAUGUCUGAUACACACAACCAUGGAGAGGAGAUCUCAGCUGACACUUACGCCACACUUAUGAGACAUCAGUUCAACCUUGAGAGUCAUGGAGAUAGAUUGCGGAAGAUAGAAAACACAACUGCAACAAUGAAGGAAACAUGGCGCAUAGGAGAUGAAGCAAUGCGAGAAUUCACUGGUACAUGGUUCAACAAGCGCAGAGAAGAGAUGGAGACUUAUUUCCCAACAAGUUCAAGCUUUCAACACUACUAGCCAAAUCACCUCCAAAGUCAAUCUAGAUGACUAUAACAAAGCGCUGAGUGGGAGGCAACCCUCUAUUAGCUAAUAUCUAAUUGGUUUUUAUUAAUCUAGUAUUUAUGUUGCUUUUUCAUUAUUGCAGGUCAUAUAAAAAAAGAUCCGAGUAGAUGAUUGCCGUGAGAAUCGACCGACGAAACACUGCCAACAUCGAUCGACAGAACAUCACCUGCCGCGACCGAUACCAACACCUUUACAUCGAUCGACAUCCAUCAUGGUCUGGUAUAUCGUUCUAACUUGUUAUAUUGAGUACUUAUGAUUUAGUUAUCACCAUAACUCCAACUGGAUACACACUGGGGACAAUGUAGUUUAGUUCUAGCGGGAGGCUUACUGAUAGUAGUUUAUUUAUGAGUUUUAUUAUUUUCAAAAAGUUUUUAUUGAGUUAAGAAGGUGAUGAUGAACUUAUUGGAUUUACUUGUUAUCUAACCACACCAUUCUAGACUUACUAGUUGCAGAUAGUACUAAAGAUAUCAAAGUGGAUCAAUAUGUCAACUAUGUUACACUUGCUAAGAGUGUUUGAAGGAACCAAAGCUGACCUCCAACCUAAUUGAGCUCAACUCUGCUUGUUUUGGGACUUGGUAAACAUGGGAUCGGAUUCUUCAAACAAGUUUCGAAGGUAAAGCCUUGUGUAGAUUUAUCACCCUCUCUCUCUCUCUCUCUUUCUCUCUCCUCUCUCUUUCUCUCUCUCUCUCUCUCUCUCUCUCUCUCUCUCUCUCUCUCUCUCUCUCUCUCCAUUUUUGAAAUAUAGAUAAAAUUAUGGAUAUAGUUAUGCAAAAAAAAGAAAAUUAUUAUAGAUUUAUUAGGAAGGAAUUCGAACAGGACUUGGUGGAGAGAGAAUUAGUAGAGAGAGAGAGAGAGGAUAUGAACUAUUGUUUACCUGCAGAUCCAGAUACUUGUUUGAGCAUACUUGUUACGGGUGAAUGGCUAUAAGUUGAAGCUAUAGAGUCUCUUCCUCUGGGCAUCAGAUCAUGUUUGAUCACUUCAGGUUUGAGGAGAUUGUAGAAUCUGGGUUUUUGGCAUUGGGAUCUAUUUCGGUGUAGGGAUUAUGAUUUGUUGUAAUAUUUAGAUUCAGAGUAUACAUCAAUCUAAAAAGGGUAAACGAUUGAUUAUAGAUGAUGUGAUUUUGUGUUUUGAGAUUUGAGGAAUUGGGUUUACUAGUUAAUUAAAGACUUAGGGUGUUGGCAAGACAUGAGUAUGCAUCGAUUUUGAUGACAACAUUGAUGAUUAGCGAUUUCUUUAUGUGGUGCUGUAGGAUAAUUUUUUUUACAGGAUGGAAUAAUCACUUUGUGUCAAAACGGAAGAAUUUAUAAGAGCUUCUUUUACAUAAUUGAGUCAUUUUGAUAGUAGAUCACUCUUUGUCUUAUUCCAUUUUCAUGUUUAGGCCAGAGGAGAGUUGGAGUGAGCUUGUGGGUGGUUAAUCAUCACGGCCAGUGAACUAUUUCUGAGAGACCAAUGUAGAAACUUAAUAUUACCUAUAUAAUUUUAAAGUCGAUGAAAGCAGUGAUUGGGAAGAGUUUAAGAUUGACAGCAAUGUAAGAUUGGCUUCCAAUACUUGCACUGAGAUUAAAAGAUGAUAUUAAAAAUGAAAGGAACAUCGACUUCAUGGAGGCUGCAGCAUGCUAAACAUUCAGAGAUACUGUCGGCAUUUGGUCCAUAGUGGUGAUGCAUAAAUAAAAUUAUGGAAACAAACCUCAAUCACAAAUAGUUUUAAAAUGUUUUAUAAAGUUCAUAAUAUUCAAAGAAUCUAAUAUGAACUUCAUACUAACCACGUCUUUUAUAAGGUUUUAUAAGAUACAUUUAAAGUUGUAUAACAUUUAUAAACCUUUUUUAAGUUCCAAUACAGAACAAAAUUAAUCCAAGUUUCAUAUUUAAUAUGAUUUUACAAAAAAAAAUUAUAAAUCAUUUAAUAAAUGCUUAGAAUCAUUUUAUAUUUUAUAAGGACUAUAAGCCUUCUAUAAGUAUUGAAAUCAUUUAUAAGGAUUUAUAAAAUAAUUUAUAAGGGUUUAUAAACAAUGUAUAAGGGUUUACAAAAACAAAUUAAAAUGAUUUAUAACUAAACUAUAAAUGUAUAUAAAUCUAUUUAAUCGUAUAACUGUACAUUGAUAAAAAAAUUUCUGAAACAUACAAAUCAUGUAUAAAUGUUUAUAAACUGAUUUAUAAAGUUUUAAAAUUGACUAGUGACUUGUAAGGAUUUAUAAGUAAGUUUAUAAAGAUUUAUAAACUAAAGUUUUGUAAAAGAGUUACAAAACACAAAAUAUAUGUUAUUAUAUCAUUUUUUCUCUCCUAGACACAACAACCAAGAACGGUCCUUACUCAAUGGUUUUCUAUUAGGAUCCGAGAGCUUACUUUCCAGUUAUAGCAUUUAUCCGCUGGUUUCCUCUCUUGCAAUUUCAAUUUUUUCCCCUUUAAGCUUUAUCUACUGGUCCCAACACAAAAUUUUCUUUACACAUCGGUCUUUCGGAGACUCAGGGGCUUCAUCGUCCGCUCCUUUUGGUUCCUCCACCGCCAGAAAACGGCCCCCUCCCACCACAGCUUCAUGGGAGGAGUUGGCAACUCCUCCUGAAUCUAUAGCUAUCCUUCAAAGUCGAUGUAGACUCCUCUAAACGGUGGUUGUUGUGGCUUUCGCUGCUACUUUAAACCGUUUCUGUCCAGUUCCUCUAGCUUGAAACUCGCCGUUCGCCUUUUCUACGCCCUAACGUAUCAGCAACACAUGCUCUCCCAAGAUAUGACUCAACGAAACCUCACAGCUGCAAAGAAGGGAAAAGCUCAUGCCGGUACGAUUAUUAACCAACCCAGACUUCGCAUUCUUGCACAUGAGUUCAAUACCUCCAAACUGAUUAUGGAAAACGCUCUCACUCUCACAGGUAGAGUUGUCAACCCAAGAGAAUAGCCUAUCAGUGCCCUCAUCUCUGCCUUACCAAGAAUGUGGAGCUUGAAGGGGGGGUGUUACGGGGUCAAAUCUUGGCCAACAUUGCUUCCAAUUUUGCUUUGAGCUUGAAGAGGAUAUUCUUGAAGUUUUGGCCAACAGACCCUACCACCACAACAAAUGGAUGGUUAUUCUCCAGAGGUGGGAACCAGUUAUCUCUCCCAUGUUCCCAUCACACAUUCCUUUCUGGAUCCGCCUUCAAGGCAUCCCUCUCCAUUUCUGGCAACAGAAGAUGAUUUACAACAUUGGCCAAGAACUUGGCACUCUCGAGGACUAAAAGAUCUCCAAAACUUCAGCAAGAAUUAAUGUCGUUCUAGAUGGACUCAAACCUCUUGUUAAAGACUAGAUUAUUGAGUUUGACACAGGAGAGGAGAUCCCCAUUACCCUGGAGUAUGAAGACCUUGAAUAUCACUAUUCGCACUGUGAUAUGCUCUCUCACUUAUCAAGAACCUGUCCGUUGGAUCUCCAACUCCCCCUCCCGGUCCCUAGUCCGCAGCCUGCGGCGCAAAGAGCAUACUCCUCCAAAAUCCCAACACUUGCUACUGAUAAUCCAGUCCAAGACUGCUUUCAGAACAAGAAUUGACCGCCAUGGACGACCCUUCGGAGAAAUAAUCCUGACACAAACUACACGCGGAUAACCCUUAGAAAACAAGAUUGUUCCCUCAUUCUCCUCCCAGGCCAACCCCAUCGCAUCGCAUACUGAGACAUCACGCCACAGAAGAGGAGUCUCUCCUUCCCAAUCUUACAACAGAUAUCACAGAGAAGGCCACUCUUACUACCAAGAUACUAGUUGUACCCCCCCCCCCCCAUCAAUAGAGAUAGAAACAAAAACACGCUCCACACAGGCCCCAUGGAUCUGUUAGAAUCAAUAGCUCAACUGAUAACCUGGAACUACACGAGGAAUCUACUAACGACAACCAGCGCCUUCCUCUCGAGAGGAACCUAGCUCUUUGUGACUUUUCAGCCCCACCCCCUCCAAGGAUCCCUACUACUGAAGAAGUCCUCAAGGAUCUGAGAGAAGUCUCCUAUCAGUAUACCAAUGUGGCAGACCCUACAGAGAGAGAUGCUAGACAACAAAGGGUCUUCCAAAACGAGAUGGAAGGUUUAGUGGAGGAAACAGCUGUAGGAAUCAUUGAAGCUGCUUCUCAGGCCUUGCGGGAGACUGAUAUUGCUUCCCCUCCUCCUAGGAAACUUCAUAACCAGAACCUAAGCACCCCUCAAGCGGUGCAAACACCAUCUGAGUGCCACACAACCACUUCACGUGGCAGAGCUAAAGGCAAUCACGGGAAAUCAAAAAGAUCUGGACCCAGCUCUCGCAGUUUGCUAGGAGGUAGUGCAAGUUGAAAGAUAAUGUCACAGGCCACUCACCCAUAUGCUCGACAUGGGUUCCCUUGUGGGAACCAAAAUUCGCACUGUUGAUUUCCGUUAAUUUAGGAAAGUUAGGAAAACCCUAAUUUCCCAGAGGUCCCAGAUAUUUGUUAAACCACACGCCAAGCAAUCAGAUCACGAAAUACACAGAAGGAAUAAAAUAUGAGAAUCGAAAAAGAAAGCAAAGUGUGGCUUAUUACGAAUCUGCGUAUGAGCGUUACAACAAGGUAAGAGCCUUGGCCGCAAGAGCUGCCGGCGAGUUUCCUAGUUCUAACAACCUAAGACUGCAAAAACCUAGUUGAGUCGCAACUCGAUAACAAAAACAAAAAGUUGCAUAUUGCUCUAAAUGCUAAGUUUUGCUCUGAGUAAAAAAAUUGCGUCCGUCUACAUCUUCAACCUCGACAUCCUUAUUUACUCCUCUAGAUGCGGUUUGCUCUUUCCAUUUCUGCCCUCGGUCAAGCUUUUCACUUCGCAUAAAUAUUCCAUUUUUCUUCGAUCUUUGUGUUUAUCUUUGGAAAUUUCAUAUUUAUCCUCCGAACUUGACAUUUAUCUUCUCCAGCAUAAAAAAAAGAUAAGCCGUCAUAACGAUUGGGUUUGAUUUUUUAUAAAAUCGUAAGUGAGCUUUUAGCCGCAUUCUGGGCCCUUUCGGGCCGUUUUCUGACUUAGGCGUUUUUUACGAUUCUAUAGAAAGAGCGCUUAGGAAACUACGUUGAUUCCAAGGAACAUUCAGAUUCCUCAUAUAGCGUAGGCAAUUCGAGGUGUUUAGUUAACUGUUGCAAUUUUAUACGAUCGAUCCGAAUGUUAUACGAGAGAACGAAUCCUUGCGGUUUCUAAGCCGUAAAGUUCCGAUGGUGACUCCGAUCGAGACGAAACUAGAGUUAGUUCGAUCCGAUCACGAAAGAGGGAGCUACGGGGAUGGGAUGAAGGCAGAAUGGUUAAUCCGACUCGCCGAAUGGGAGAGUUGGUCGGUGUAUCCGGUCCAACUCACUCCUUCGGCCUAUUUCCCCUGCAAUCAUUAAGGAAAUUCAAUGCUUCUUCACCACAUGCUCUCUACCAAGCUCUAUCAAUUCAACCCAUAUCAGAUUGAUUCCAAAAUUUCUGAAACCUAAAACAGUGUCAGACUAUCGGUCUAUUGCCCUAUGCUAUGUAUACAAUAAAACAAUCUCAAAAUUGCUAUCUCUCAGACUCAAACCUGUACUGUAGAGUAUUGUGUCGGAGAACCAGUUUGUCUUCAUUCCAGGGAAAGCUAUCUCGGACAACGUCCUUAUAACUCACGAUAUGUUCCACUACCUGAAGAUUUCAGAUGCAGUUAAACAUUGUGCAAUGGCUGUUAAAACUGAUAUCAGUAAAGCAUAUAUGCUUGAAUGGAGUUUCGUUAGAACUGUUUUGGAAAGGAUGGGUUUCUGCCAAACCUGGGUAAAUUGGAUGCUGCAGUGUGUCUAUUCAGUAUCUUACUCCUUCCUCCUCAACAAUGAAGUGGUCGGAAGUGUAAUUCCCCAAAGAGGGAUCCAUUAGGGCGACCAUCUUUCCCAUAUAUUUUGAUCAUAUGCGGGGAAGUCCUGUCGGGCCUCUGCAAAAAAAGCUCAAGAGUUAGGAACAAUGCCCGGUAUAAGAGUUGAAAGGAAUUGCCCAAAAAUAAAACACCUUCUUUUCGCUGAUGAUACGAUGAUCUUCACCAGAUCAGACCCUCCAAAUCGGAGGCACAUAAUCGAGCUGAAGGAGAACUCUUAACACCACGUGCAAUCUCAUCGCAAUAUAAUUUUUUUCUCGUGGUAUAUGCAUGUUGCUGAAGUUAGAGAAGAAAAUUUUACUCUGUCGAAAUUCCUCCAUAUGGAUAGUGAACGCUGGCCAUUCUUCGGGUGUCGACACUAUCUACACCAAUUGAGAACAGUCUGUCGCAAAAACUACCUUGGAAAACUGAACGGUCUUCAUGCACUCCAUAGCCUAAAUUGGAGCUUCGCAUUCUGCAUGUAAAGGUGAUAAGCUUCGCCAGAGAUUCAUAGCUCCCCGUCAUCUUGUCCUCUGGUUUUGCAGAACCAGCUGUGACCUGUAAAUGAAUCUUCUUCCCACCAGGCACCAUCAACAUAGCAGACUUUGAUAUAAUCCAAAGGUUGCCAAUGAGGAAUCAGUACAACCCGAUCUCGUUCUUUUUUUAUCCAUGAGUUGGGGCUCAACCCACAAAGCUCCUUCCAGUUCCGCUAUGCAUAGUAGCUCUUGCGGGUUCUAUUCUUAUUUUUAUAAAUCUUAUCAUUUUUGUUUUUCCAUAUAUACAACAUAAUUCAGGAAAAGUAACUAAAAUCAUAAUCUUGCAGAAGCCUCCAAAAAAAGUAAUUGAUAUUGAUAAAUAUUGAAGUUGUUAGGAAUAGUCCUGGAUGGGAAGAAAUCUUAGAUAGGGCCCAUGUUUGUAGAGCCAUAUGGCAUCCAAAUAUCACAUGGUUAACGGAUUCCUCCUUCGCUCCGCAUAUACUACACCGUGUAUUGCAGUCAAUCCCACGGCCGUAAGUUUUUUGUGACUGUUAAAAUUCCCGAUAUAAUUCUCCAUACAAAAUGCUUCAGUUUUAGUGAACAGAUUAGUUUUCAUACAUGUACCAACAAUGGUUUGGUAUCCGGCGGUCUGAAUAAUUCUAGUCUUUUUCCCUUAUCCGGGUCAUGUUCUAUAUCCUGACUUUAUCGGAUAAUUUCCUAAUGGUGUAAAGUGCCAGACAUACGAAUCUGGUCGAUGACAUCAAAUUAUCGUUAUAACUUUGAUGAUUUUAACAUCUUGUGGAUAAACAUAUCCAUGAAGGAGGUCCAGAUUCCAUGAGAAAUCAACCGGUUCGAGGAAAUGUUCCACCUUUAAAGAAGGAUUUAAGAAUUGAGUUUGAGUUUUUUGUAUUGCAGAUCUCGGGCGAGAAGUCGGGAUCCAAGGGUCCUUCCAUACUGAAAUGGAUUGACCCGUCUCCACUUUUUGAUUAGCUUUUUAUUGACCAGAUAUCUAUCUGAAUAUAUAUUUCUCCAUCCAAAUGAUGGCGUUGAAGAUUUGUGAUAAUCCAGAGGAUCCAUUUCUUGAAAAUAUCGUCCCAUAAAGACCUUUGAAAACAGGCAAUAUGGCUUAUCUUUCAGUCGCCAAAAUAAUUUAGCCAAUAAAGAUGUGUUGAAGUCUUGAAGAUCUCGGAAGCUUAAACCACAAUCCACCUUGUGUUUACAAACAAUGUCCCAUAAGUAACAAUGUAUAUCUUUCUUAUUUCCGCUACUACUCCACCAAAAAUGAGCAAUUGCACUUGUUAUUUUCUUUGUUAGCAGAGUCUAAAACACGACAAUACAUGUGUGGGCAUUGCUGAUGCCACUGAUUUUAUAAAUACUUCAUUACCUCCUUUUGUUAGAAAUCGGAGUGUCCACCUAUUUACUUUAUUAUUAGCUCCUCACGUUUAAAUAUCUAAAUAUUUUAGUUUUUGAGCCACUUAAACUUUCUGAGAUAUUCAAAUAGUUUCCUAUACCUCCCAUCGUGAUGAUGCCAAGUUGAUGUUGAAUCCCCCGCCUCCUCCCCCACACACACAACAUCUAUGACUUUAUGACUAAAUUGUAUUGAUGAUUUUGUAAAGUAUAUAUGUUGUCCAGACACGGCUUCAUAAUGUUUAAGUAUGUUGUCCAGACACGGUUUCAUAAUGUUUAAGUAUCUUUAAAAUAUACACACACUCCUCCAUUGCUGCCUUACAAAAGAAUAAGAUGUCAUCUGCAAAGAGUAGAUGAAAAACCGCUGGAUUGCCUGCAAAAUUUUUAGUCAUGUAAGUUGUUUAUCUUUAUGCUUUCCGAAUGUUAGCAAUGAAGGCUUCGGUAUAUAGAAUAAAUAAGUAGGGUGACAAAGGGUCCCUUUACCUCAACCCUCGGUUUGGAGUAAUGUUAUCCUUCGACUGUCCACUAAUUCAAAACGGUGAAAAGCCCAUCUUUUCAAGAAAAGUCGCUGGAGCCAUUCUACCCUGUCAUAAAACAUUUUCUGAAAUAUUAUUUGAUAUCAGCUUCUCAUAUACAAAAGCUGAUCGUGUCUCUGAAAUUUUCGUUUAUGUCAUACUAGCAACAUUUCCGAUUCUAGUAGUUUUUUUAUAAUUAUGUGGAAAAUUGAAAAUGUAAUAAAUCUUAACACUCUUUUUAGAAAGUUUCCGUAUCAAGGACAAACCGGUUUAUUUUCCAUUGAGUUAUGUAAACCGGGUUGACUUGCCCGUCGCUUAACCGGUUUCCUCGCCUUAGCCUAUGAUAUAAAUAACGCUCCUCCUCCACUCUUAACGAAUUCUAUUUUAGGGCAGGCCGUACGCCGUUUACAUCGUCACUCACGAAACAGAGCUCUGGAUUGGUCUCAACCAAGACUCUAUCCAUUGCGAUUGCGAAGAAAGUAAUUUCUUCACUGGAGAAGGUGGAAACGAAUCUCAGGGUAUUUGGAUCCGGUCUCGAUGGAGAACUAUAUAACUAAAAUAAUUAAUCACUCAACUGUUUAUGAGAGUAUUAUAAAGUCACUACGUUUGGUAAUCAACUGUUGCUUUCCGUAACGAAGUGACUUAUAAUAAUCUCAUGAAUGGAUCUAUGUUAACUGUUGAUAGGUUGUUUUUGUCUAAUGAUGUAUUGUAGCUCUGCGUUUCUUGUUCGUUCACUCUUUUGUCAGGUAUUAACAAGAUAAAUCCCAAGCAUCAUCCACCUUAUUAGCCCUUGAACAUGAAGGCUUGUAAAAUGGAUGAUGCUUGGGAUUUAUUUUGUACUCUCCUCUUCUAAAAGAGUGUUGCCUCCAUAGGACUACCAAUGAUUUCAGACUUGUUGAAGGAACGUGAUGCUUUUGCUUAUAGAAAGCAUGAAAGAUUUUGUUCUUUUGGUAACCAAGAUAUAUGAACAUGUUCUAGUUGAGUCUUUACUCCCACUUCAUGUAUCAAUGGAACAAGGUUGGCUUCAACUGCAGAUUAAUGAUUAUAGAAACCAAGUGAAUUAACCAAAGUCCGAGCAAUCAAAGAGAUCCUAUCUUGUUUUUCUUAGUUUGAGGAGAUAACUUAACUCACUGCCUUUUCUAAGUUGCCAAGAUUUUUACUACUUCUCAUAACAUUUAUUCAAAAGUUUUGUUGAUAGGUGGUUUUAUUAUGGUUUUGUAUAGUUAAUGACUCAACCACCUUCUGUCAGCCCCUUUAUUCAAACUCUUUUUUAGCAAAAGAUUGGUAAUACUUGUGUUUGUCUGAAUCUCGAGGCAGAUAAAUUCUGAGACGAAAUAAGGGAUUGGUCAAUACCUUCUGGAACCAGCAGACAUGCAUGCAAUCACAAAGUUUCCUUUCUUAAGUUUCUUUCUCUCUCCCCACCAUGCAUGUGUGUAUCCAUACAUCUAUAAAACAGAGAAAAGCCUCCACAUCUUUUGGCCAUUGCAAGAAAAUGAAACACUUCUACCAAUUCCAACAGCACCUUGUCCUCUUCAUAGGUCUUGGCUUAUUGUUGUCUCUUCUUGCUUCAUUUGUUAUGAAGUGCAAUGCCUUGGAAGAUUUCACUGAUACAAGCGAUGUAAGAGACUUCAUUUCCAAUUACGAAAACCGCAAUGGCCUCUCCAGAAAGCUUCUGCUAUCUCCGGAUAUUGGCGACGGGACCAAAAGGAUAGGAGAAGAAUGCUCAAAAGAUGAUGUUGUUGUCUUUCAAGGCUCAACGGUUCCACUUCCAAACGGAGUACCAGCAUUUACAGUUGAGAUCUUAAACGCAUGUGCCUCUGAUUGCAGCGUUGCGGAGAUCCACGUCAGUUGUGGCUGGUUCAGCUCGGUCAGACUGGUUAACCCUAGAGUUUUCAGACGACUCUCCUACGAUGAUUGUCUGGUCAAUGAUGGUCAACCUCUUGCUCCUGGACAGACACUCUCCUUUCAGUAUGCUAACAGCUUCGCUUACCCUCUCUCUGUCUCUUCAGUCUCUUGCUUCUAGUUUUAGACGUAUUUUCCACGGAACUCUGCUUCAGUUUUCAUCAAACCAAGAUCUUGGAUUGAGUUUGUGUUCUUCAAACCAAGGUCUUGGUUAGCCUACUAUUGUAAGCCAGUUUAAGUUUAUUAGUGUUAAUGUGGCAUUGGUGAUUGUGUUCAAAAUUACGUAGGGGAGACAAAAAGAGUUGAUUUAAUUUAAACAACUUUACAUUAGAAGAUGGUGAUGAUGAACAUCCAAACAAAGCUUAUAAACACAAGCUUCUUUCUUGUUUUCAUGGAUACCAUGUGUCUGGAAUAUCUGAAGAUGGAGAAAAAAAAACAGAUUGGUGAUAGUAUCAAAGAACAUGAAAUGUAAGAAGAUCUAAAAACGUCCUUUAGGUCCGGACUAUAAAAAAUCCAAAUGUGACAGCAAUAGGAAAAAGUCUAAUUUUAGUUUCUCAGCAAAUAUAUAAAAACUAUAUAAAAUUGAAAUGAACCAAAACCAGCAUAUUGAAACGUAACUUAUCCAAUACUAAAAAAAAAUGCUUGUUGAGAAAAUGUCUGAAACUCAGAACCAUAAAAAUGUUAAACAAGGCAUAGUAAUUAAACACUAAAAGAAAUUUAAUUGACUUUGCGUUUCCAACAAUGCAAUAACUUCUUUAUUUCUUCACUAUUUAGUUGACUUCACUCUUCUCUUGUUCAGAUUUUCUUCUUCUUCACGAAUAAGCUCUUCUUGCAUUUUCAAUGCAAUAGCUUCUUUAUAUGCACCUUCAACUUUGUUGCAUAAGAUAUGAUCAAGAAUAAAUACCUCCAACGUGCGUCUAGCAAACUCAGUUAAUCGCUUCUCAUCCUCACGCCCUCCGUCGUUACCAACCUGAAAUUCACAUGAAAAAAUAAUAAUAAGCAUCAUUACGAGAAAAAAAUUAUAAUCAAAUAUGGAGCCGUUUAAACAAUGUGAAACUAACCUCCAUACGGUUUUGCGGACCACUCUCAUCAAGCAAUGGUUCAAGAACAGCUUUCUCCAUGAGUAACAUUGCAUCAUCAACUAAAACAAACAUGUCUUUGUCUACACUAACCAUUGGAGCUGGCAAGUUUUUGACAUCAGUUGCUCUCUCUUUCUUUGGUUCUUCUUCAAGAGCAUUCAAUAUUGAAGAAUCCAAAUCAUCCUUAAGGAGCUUCCCCAUUUGUCUUGAAAUUGUAUGUAGUAUUUUCUCCUGGGUGGUACUACUCCAUACAAGAGAGUUUAACCCAUGAAACAAGAAAUCCAUCACCAAAGAGGAUGUAACUUCCUUCUUGAUGUAGAAAUGUUUCACAACUAGUUUUAGAAUCACAUCCAUUUUCUCUUGAGACAUCUCUCGCCUUGAUUUUUGAUCCAUCCCUAACCAAAAGGCACAUAAGCUGCAUCAGAUCCGUAACUUGUUAUAUAGUAUGAUUUAUACAAAUCUGCUAUUAAUUAACAAACAUGGAAACUUUUAUACCUUUCCCAUCUGGUCUUGUCCUCCAUCAACUUGCUUCUUUUCUCUUUCAUACAACUCAAGAAAAUGGGCUCCACUUCUUUUAAAUAAACCCUAACAAGUUCUCUCCUAUAUAUAGUGAACAUCAAGGCAGGGAAAAGGUCGGUCCACCCUGUCUCUGCAAGAAUCAAUUGUAAGAUAACUUGGCUGCAUGUUUUAUGGUGCCAUGAUAUAAACACAGAUUUACCUAAUGACCUGGACUUGAGCCAUUAUUGUAAGAGAGCCGUACUCAUCAAUGAAACCGUCAUGUAACUUAGGUAACUCCAUAUACUUUUUCCAUCCCCAAUCAUGCUCUUUCUUCCCAAACUUGUGUAAUGUAUCUGCAAGGAAAUGUAUUCAGUUUAUCUACGUGUAAUGUGACAAUUUAGGAAAAAUAAAAGAUGCAAAAGGUAAAUGCUUUGAUUUCUCUGGAUCUUUAACAUAAAAAUAGUAAACUGAGCAAAAUGAUUCCAACCUGUCACAAAAAUGUUAAAGUUAAAUGAAUCAAUUAAAGUUUUGUUGAUCGAGAGAGAAUGAAGAAAACUAAAGGGACAAUAAUACUAUUAACCUGGAAGAAGUUUAUCACAGUUUGCAACACAGAAACAAAGAGAGAUGGGUUGGUACUUCACAGCCUUUUGGAUAAACUAAAAUAGACCUGCGAUAAAGAAGAAAACAUCAAAAGAGUUUUCAAGCUUAUUAUAUAGCCUGAGGAGAAGAUGAAAAUGUCAUUUACCAUUGGUGGCCACCAACUUCAAAAACAUUGCUACGGAUCUCUGGCUUACGUAUUUUUGAAAAUUUCUCAAUUUUCCAUGUAUGCGUCCCAUAUAAUUCAGAGGGGUUUGCACAUAGGAAUAAUCUAACCUAUACUAAAAGGUGAAUAUGAAGCCUUGUGAGACUAUCCACGUCAUCAAUUAAAAUCAGCCAAUAGGGUGUUUGAAAUUCGCCACGUCAGCAGCCCGCGAAUUAAUCUGGGCUUAAAGUUUAGCCAGUCCAGUUCUGAUUGGUUUCGUCGAGCCCGUUUAGCCCAAAUGCGGUAGAUACGGCUUCCAUGUUAUCCUCUCUUCCAGAACUCAACGUGGCUGUCUUGGCUUUUCAGAGUCUCAUCUCUUCGCCUCCCCUUUCGUUAUCUCUUCACCUUCCCUAUGGUUCAAUGUAUUUGUUUUAAUUCUACCAUAAUUGUUAAUCCCAUUGAAUCCAGAUUCCAUGUCGUCUUCUCCCUUUCAUUCAUCUCAAAUCUAUAAAUAUAAGCAGGUUGAGAGUAUGAUGGAUGCUCAGCACGAUUGUCAGUUUACCAUUUUAUUAAGCUAGAAAGAUUUUCAAAAAUGUCUUCCUCCAAUGCUAUUUUUUUGCACUCUGCGUUUGAGGCUCUCCGCCUCUGAAGAUCUGGCCAGUUCAUUGUUGCCAAAUUAAUCUGUUUUUGGGACUUGAAAAACAUCAAGACACAUGGUUAAUUCAUGGAAAUCACUCUACUUCUCUUGAUGAUAAGAAUUCGGUGAUACAUGGAUUCAUCCUGCUGGUCGCGCCUCUUACUACCGUCCGUCUUUGCGAGGAGGUUCAGUCGUGAAGUUAAUUGGAGAGAGGAAGGAGCUGUCAUUCCAGUCAAAAAUCAGGGACACAUGUGUGGAAGUUGUUGGGCGCUCUCGGUGGUUGGAGCGGUGGACGGUAUAAACAAGAUCAAGACCGGAGAAUUGAUAUAUUUGUGGGAACAAGAGUUCAUAGACUACUACAGAGAGGAUGGCAAUGGUGGAUGUGAUGGAGGGUUUAUGUACAGGUCCAUGUGAGGAUGGCUUUGGAAACCAUGAUGUGCUAGCCGUGUGGCAUGGAACAACAGACGGAGGUGAAGACUACUGGAUUAUUAUUUGUAACUCAUGGGGAUCAUAUUGGGGAGAAGGCGGAUACAUCAAGUCCUAACGUAACUAUCAUAAAUCAACCGGGAAAUACGAAGUCGCAGCACGGUCUAUACCCAAUCAAGCCAAGCUCUCCAUUUGGUUUGGUGUCUACAGGUGUGUUUAAAUUUGAGGUUUUAUUUGCUAUUCAGAUAAUUGGUUGGGCAUGGUUUUGAGAUACACUUUAUAGGCAAUAUCCACCUAAUAUCCACAAGCCCUGGGUGCCUCUUUUAAUUAAUCAUGAUCGGUUUUGGGGUAUUAUUGAAGGCGUCCAUAUUAUUUAAUUGUUCAUAAUUAAUUCUGUUUAUUUGAUUCGCCAUGGGAAUCUAAUAUUGAAGUUGGUUCUCCACGAGCAAGGAAUGAAGCUAAGUUGAGAUACGAAGAGAAGAAACUCAAGCACAUGUGAGUUUUUUUUCUUUUCUUAUUAAAAAACGUUAUAAAACAUAGUUUUUACAAAAAAAAAAUGAUUCAAGAUUUAAUUGUUUGAGUUGUAGUAUUGGGAAAAAGAUUCGAUAUGCAUCUCGCAGAGCGAUAGCUUACACGAGGAAAAUAGUGAGAGGAAGAUUCGUGAAAGCUGGUGACAAUUAUGACUAUGACCCAUCAUCACUAACCAUGAAAUCAAUGAGUUUUCUCUUCCCCUAAAACAAUGUAUGUCUUCUUCUCAUGAUGAUGAUAUAUGAUUACUCUUAUACGUGGUGAACCAGUUUCUUCUCGGAAAAGUAAGCCAAACUCUUUAUCUUUUUGCCUACAGUUUUAUUUUGAAUCGAGGAAAUCAACAUGUUGCGGCAUGGAAACGUUGGAGACCUGCACAAUGAAUGCUUAGAUGUAGUGAAAGUGACGAAAUGGGUGGAAGGCCAAAAUGGGUGAAAAUAUAGCAAUUUUGCUUCUUUUUUUUAAACAGAGCUCUUUCUUAUGUUAUUUACUUUUUUAAUAUUUCUAAUCAUUGUGCAGGAAAAUCCUAAUUACUUUUAUUUGUAAACUUAGAAAAGAAUAACUCUAAAAUAAUUUAUGUUA